GCGACAAUUGCGAAUGAUGGCAUUUGAAUAUGAUUCCAGCGACAAUGAAUAUUACCCUCCAGUGCGAAGGCCAAGAUGGGUGAGGGAAAGAAUGGAUUGGUUUUCCAAUUGUGAUCGGGAUUUUGUCACGAGGUUCCGUGUGUCCAAAGGAUCAGCACUUUUCCUACUUGAAAGAAUUGAAGCUGAUUUGGAAUAUACGUCUGAUAGGAAUGCUUCUGGAUCGCCGAUGGGCCAGCUGCUGACUACCCUAAGAUUUUAUGCCACAGGAUGUUCCCAACUAACAACGGGUGACUAAAUGGGAGCUACCAAGUCCACAAUACAUAGGAUCAUUCAGGGAGUUAGUGUUGCCAUUGCCUUCCUACGAGAGGAGUUCAUUACAUUCCCUCAGAGAGUGGAAGAAAUAAAUAGGGAACUCAAUUUUUAUGGAAUAGCUAGAUUUCCCAAAGCUAUUGGUGCAAUGGGCUGCACUCACAUUAGGAUUUCUUCUCCUGGCAUAAGAUUAAAAAACAUAUUUCCUGUAAUUGUGGCUACUGCAGUAGUCCACAUCAUCCUACGCGAGCAGGAAGAACAAGAUCCACCUGAUGAUCCGGACCUCGUUCUGCCUGUCCCUUGGGCCCAACUUCUGAUGGAAGGCCAAAUAGCUGUUCAGCCAGAUAGAAGAGGAGCUGCAAAUGAUGCUGCUCAGCAGUCUCUGAUAACGAACUAUUUUGAAAGUUUGUUAUGAGGUGCCAUGUCAACAUCUUUUGCUGCCUCGUGAUAUUACAUACCCCAUCCUGACCCUGGUUUUCCAGGGCACUUUUUAGUGAAUACCGAGAUGGUCUUUGCUUGCCACCAAAUUAAAGUAAAAUAGUUCGUUCUCCACCCUUCCAACUCUG